UUAAUUCCAUUAAAGAUCUUUCCUUGCCUUCGCUAGGAAUGUUUCCCUGGAACCGCAUACAAUAUAUACCAGGGUUGCUUGCACCUUAUAGUGAUUGCCGUCACCGUGCAUUUGUACCAGAAAAUUAGAAAUCACGGGAAAAGGCUGUUUCUUCGAACGAUACUCUACUCUCUAGUUUGUAUCGGUUUCAACUUCCAAGAAACUCCAAAAAGACAAUCUCCUUUAGGUUUAGUUCCUUCCUAAUACUUACACUUAGGUUUUCACUCUCACUUUCCCUUUUGUCUUCAGCCUCCAUGAAGGAAAAAAUGUUAGCAUCAGCUGAUCGAAGAAGUAAACGAAAAUCUCCACCAUUACCAAAGGAAGUACCUUGGCUAGUAAUUCCAUAUGGAAAAGAUGAGAAAUGUCAAGCUUUUUAUAACAUCAGUGAACCAAAUAACACAAGUUGCAGAAAAUACAUACCAGAAUUGAAAGGUAAAUCAUCUUAUCAGAAGAAUUCUCAUCAAGGUUGGUCAAUUAUUCUUUGUGAUGAUGUUAAUUAUGAUUACAAACCAUGGAAUUAUGGGGAUUGUUUCUUGUGUAAUCCAUGUUCAGGGGAGAGUAUAAAGUUACCUUCUUUUCUCUAUUGGGCUACAUUAGAUGGAUAUUGUUUCAGUGACUGUGUGUUGUCUUCACCUCCUAAGAUUAGUACUAAUGGGGAUGGAAAUUCUAUGGUUUUUAUGCUUUUUGUUAGAAAAGACAACAAAAAGGGGAAGGAAAUUCUUGUGUUUUGUCAUCCAGGUGACGAAGAAUGGAGGACUCAUGAAUUAAAUGAUGGAGGAAAGCUUCGAUCAAUGUGUUACUUUAAAGGUAAGUUGUAUAUAAUGUGCAUUGGUGAUGAACAUUUAGAGAUUGAGAUACAACAUGGGUCUGUGCCAAAAAUGCUCCCUGUGAGUAAAUUUGUUGUUAGUGACAAAAUCAAAUCUGAAACAAUUGGAGAAAUCUGGGGUACUCAACAUUUAACAUAUUAUGUGGAGUCUUCUGAUGGAAUAUACAUGAUUCAUAAAGCUGACAUUCCUAAAGGUGUUUAUCAAUAUUGUGUAACCAAUGUGGUGAUAGCUAAGUUGGUUUCUCUUCAAUGUCUUGGGUGGAAGUGACAAGUUUGGAGGAUCAUGCUUCGCCAAGGAGUUGGGUUUUCCACGCGGUUGUGUGUAUUUUACACAGCCUGAUGAGAUAGCUUCUACAUGUAUGACUUGGAAGAUAAAACUGUUAUGCUUUCACUGCCAUGUCCGGAUCUACCGAAGCCAUGGUUCUCUCCCAACUGGCUCAUGAUUCCUGCAACAAUCUGUAGGAACAACGAGGAUAGACAGAGAGGAACAGAAUUUAUGUCAGGUAAUAACAGUGAUGGAGGUAACAAUAUUAAGGCAAUGGAAAAACUUAGCUUAGAAAUAUCGACAAUCAGGACCGUAACUAGUAUAAACAGUGAUGCUGAGAAAGAGGAUAUUGAGGUUGUGAUGCCUUGGGACAGACUUAGCAAUGAUAUAGUGUGGUUCAUAUCCAGUUAUCUAAGCCCGUUGGACUGCCUACACUUUCGUGCUGUUUGUAGAAACUAUCAAUCGGUACUUCCUAUAGUGAAUUGGAGAAAAUUCUGUUAUACUAGGAGCUUACGAACCACUGUUCCGUCUCCAUGGAUGGUUUUCCCCAAGGAUAAUGAAUCUGUCUAUAGUUUCAUAAACCCAAUGCAUAAUGACGAGAAUUACCUCACAAGCAUCCCUGAAGUGUUAAAAGGUUCAAGAAUUCACUACUCGAAAGGCGGUUGGUUACUCAUGUCAAAAGGUGAAUAUACUGUGUUCUUCUACAAUCCAUUCACAAAAGCAGUCAUCAAACUUCCAGACUUGCCGGAUGAUGGUACUUAUCGGUUCCGAGGUAUCUCUUUCUCGUCCUUGCCGACUUCAUCAGAUUGCAUUGUUUUUGUAGUCAGUAAUUACACGGAUUCAUUAUGUAUCACCUUCAUUAAACGUGGAGACAAAAUGUGGACGUCUGAUAUCUUUGAGGAUGUUCUUGUACCACCAGAUACACCAACCAUGGAUUUUGUGGUGAGUCUUAACAGUCCAAUUUUCUAUGAAGGAGCUUUUUGUUGCCUAGACCUGAAUGGAACUUUAGGGGUAUUUACACUAUGUAAUCUCAUAAGGUGGGAGGCCAUGAUAUCCCCGCCUAACUGUGGUUUUACUUAUAAGAGCUACUUGGUAGAGCUUGGAGGAAAGCUGUUAUCUGUACUGUUAGGCCAUUAUGGAAAAUGGGUCCGGAUAUUUAGAUUGGACAUGUCGGAAUUGGUCUGGGUUGAAGUUAAUCAGCAAUACAUCUUGUAUAGCAACAGUUGCUCCGACUAGUGAAAUGGAGAACA